UGGAUUAACAUUCUGGUAGGCUUAUCAAUACAUGUACAAUUAUGUAAUGUGGUAUAGUCCUAAUCUUAUGUUCCUAGAUUAGUAGUGAGAGCUUCCUUCUGACUUUGCAUAAGCAUAAUACCUUGGUAAAGGUCAAAAAGUUAACAUUGGCCCCUGUGACCUUGACCUUUGACCUGGUGACCCCAAAGUCAGUAGGGGUCGUGUACUCAAUAAGUACUAUCAGCAGGUGAAGUUUGAAGGUCCUGGUUGCAGUGGUUCACGAAUAAAGUGCCUUCAUGCAAAAAGUUAACGUUGUGAUGAACGAACGAACGGAUGGACAGUUGAAAACUAAUAUGCCUCCCUUCGGGGGCAUAAAAAGUAUGAAAUUUUGUUAAGGUUAAAUAAAAUAUUGUUGUGACAAAUUAUAAGAGAAGUCAUUUAAAGCUUUUUCUAUUUUCAGCUCUAGUGGCCACCAAAAGGGGUGGGGUUCCCCCAUUUGAACAAAUCUGGGAUAAGACCAUAUAACAAUGCUAUAAACCAAAUCAAGCGGUUCAUGAGAAGAAAUUGUUUCAAAGCUUUCUAUUUAAGUGCCCCCAUUUGAAUAAACUUGGGAAAGGACCUCAUAAUGAUGCUACAGACCAAGUUUGAUGAGAUUCAUUAAGCAGUUCAUGAGAAUAGGUUGUUUAAAAGUUUUUCUAUUUCUAUUUUUAGCUCUAGUGGUCCCUAAAAUGGGCCAAGUGACCCCAUUUGAAUGAACUUGAAAGAGGACCUUAUAAUAAUGCUACAGACCAAGUUUGACAAGAGCUUGUGGAACAUGAUAUGCCCCCCUUGAUGCAUUCAGUAAUUGCACAAGGAACAGAAAUUAUAUGCUCACUGAACAAAACUGUUCUGGUUCAAUGUGACCUUGACCUUUGACCUACCGACCUCAAGAUCAUCUGCUGGUCAUGAUAAACCUCCCUAUUAAGUUUCGUGAUCCUAGGCCCAAGCGUCCUCAACGUACCGUCCGAAAAGGGUUUAACUGUUCCGGGUCAAUGAGACCUUGACCUUUGGCCUACUGAACUGAAAAUCUAUAGGGGUUAUCUACUGGUUAUGACCAACCUCCCUAUCAAGUUUCAUGAUCCUGGGCCCAAGCGUUCUCAAGUAACUGUCUGGAAACGGUUUAAAUGUUCUGGGUCAAUGUAAUCUUGACCUUUGACCUACUGACCUCAAAAUCAAUAGCAGUCAUAUGCUAGUCAUGAUGAACCUCUUUAGCAUCUUUCAUGACCCUUGGCCCAAGCGUUCUCAAGCUAUCGUCCAGAAACCAUUUAACUGUUUCUGGCCAAUGUGACCUUGAAUUCUGACCUAAUGAUCUCAAAAUCAACAAGGGUCAUCUGCUGGGCAUGACCAAUCUCCCUAUCAAUUUUCCUGAUCCUAGGCCCAAGCGUUGUUGAGUUAUUGCCCGGUUUUACUGUUCCAGAUCACUGUGACCUUGACCUUUGACUUACUGAUCUCGAAAUCAAUAGUGGUCAUCUGCUGGUGAUGACCAACGUUUAACUGUUCUGGGUCACUGUGACCUUGAUCUUUGAAAUACUGAUCUCAAAAUCAAUAGGGGUCAUCUGCUGGUCAUGAUCAACCUUCCUAUCAACUUUCAUGAUCCUAGGCCCAAGCGUUCUUGAGUUAUCCUUCGGAAACCACUUAACUGUUCAGGGUCACUGUGAGCUUAACCUUUGACAUACAUAUCUCAAAAUCAAUAGGGGUCAUCUGCUGGUGAUGACCAACCUCCCUAUCAACCUUCAAUGAUCCUAAGCCUAAGCGUUCUUGAGUUACCAUCCAGAAACAGAUUGGUCUACAUACCGACCGACAGACCAGCCAACCGACAGACCAACAGACAUCUGCAAAAAAAAAUACCCCUCCUUCGAAGGGGGGCAUAAUAAAGAUCCAUCAAGUGGUUCAUGAGAAGAAGUUGUUUAAAGGUUUUUCUGUUUUUAGCUCUACAUGGCGGCAAAGACGGAUUCAGCAGGCUGGUGGUAUCUAUGACUAUAUCAAAGCAACUGAAAUCGUUGCUAGACGCAAAGCAAAUGUACACAGUUCCAUCCAGAGUAAGGUGCAACCAUGGAACAGCUAGAAAACUGUAGAAGUUGCAACAUUCAUGGUCACUUACAGAGAGAAGGGGAACUUACCUGACAGGAAAAUGUGCCAAUAACCAGAGAAUAGAAAGAGUUUGAAGAGAUCUUUUUACCAGAUGCACCAACGUGUAUUUUGCAUUAUUUUACCAUCUUGAGACUGAAACUCUGUUAAAUCAAGAUAACUCAACUUAAGUAUGGCUUCAUUACAUUUUUGGACCCCCAUAUCCAAUGAGAUUUAGAAUUGUCUAUAAGACAGACCUUUUUACCAGAUGCACCAAUUUGUAUUAUGCAUUAUUUUACCAUCUUUGAAAAUUCCUCAGCAAUGGUGUGAUAUGUUUGGUAUUUUUUGUCAUUAAUAUCUUACUCAAUAUGCCACAUUUGACAACUAACACAUUCCACAAAUAAUUAAGUUGGUGUUUGCUGAACAAAUAUAUCAUCAGUAAUAACUAGAAUAAAAACUGCAGGGUCUGCAUGAGAUACAGGGACCACAGCAGAAGUGGAAGCAGAGAGAGCAAGCACAACAGAUAUACAAAAUUUGUCUAUAUAUAGAUGCAACAAAUUCUGUACCACAUCUUUACCACUUUAUCUUAAUUUCAUACACAGACCCUACCUACCAGCCUAACCACAUCAAAGUCCAGUACACAAGCGGCAGAGGAUAUAGCUGUCUAGAAGACUGCUCCUUCACUUGUUGCAUCAUGAAAUAAGAAAUUUUUCUAGCCAACUGGGAAAUGUUUUAGUCAAUUGGGGAAAAAAAAACUAUUUGCCAUUGGGAAUGGUACUUUUUACCAGAGAUGGAUAUAUAGGGAGAUAAAGCCCUGCCAGCUACAGCCCAUUUAUACUAAAUAUGACCGCAUUUGCAUGCUGUUAAAGAUCAAAUACAUCUUCCAGAUGGUACUGUCGAGCUUUUCUCUUUCAGAAGCAGAAACGUCUACAGUCGCUGUGCAGCCACCAAUGGCCAGAAAUGCUCAACAGUCUACAGACAGUACUGGUGAUCUGCAGCCUCCGACUCUCAGAGAUGAGGAAAUGGAAUCAGACAACACUGCUGAUUUCCGGGGACAGACAGGUCCAAGACUGCCAGAUAACUUCGAUGUUCUGACCGCCUCUGCUUUGGACUUCUUCUAUCUACUGUUCCAUCCAGCAAUGUUCGCAGAUAUGGCAUGGCACACAAACAAUUACGCUCGCUGGAAGGAAAUGCAGGACCAACCAGAUGACAAGUGGGCCGAAACAAAUGAAAAUGAAAUGAAGGCUUUCAUUGGAAACAAUGUUCUAAUGGGUAUCAACGCUUUGCCAGAACUGGACAUGUAUUGGUCAUCGAAUCCGUUAGCUGGUAACUCAGCAAUACAAAACAUAAUGACUUUCAGAACCUGACCGAGCUGCAGAACCUCCUCGUUGUAGCCAGAAUUUUGACCACCUGUAUCAAGUGAGACCUGUGCUUCAACAUGUGUCAGAAACAUUCCUUAUAUCUUACAAUCUUUCUCAGCAAGAAGCGGUAGAUGAUGCCAUGAUAAAGUUUACAGGGAAGCUAUCAUUCAGACAGUAUAUGCCUGCUGAGCCGAUAAAACGUGGAAUAAAGAUAUGGAUGUUGUGUGAUUCAAAUAGUGCGUAUCUGUCAAAAUUUGAGGUUUACUUGGGACAAAACACUUACAAUGGUGAAAAUGGACUAGGCUUUAGUGUUGUUAUGAAACUUUAAUUACGGACCAUCUUUGGCUUACACACAGACAUAUUUUUUCGGUAACUUUUUUACAAGUGUGCCGCUGAUGAAAAAGUUACUUGAUAAUGGACUUUAUGCUUGUGCAACUGUUAAUUUUAAAUAUUCAUCCACUGAAAUGUAGGUAUAAAUUUACUUGGGACGUGACUUUGGUACUUACAUUUCUAAAAACUUUAUACCCGCUGAAAUAGUUAUCGUUGAAAAUGUUGACACUUAAACUAACUGCCUUAAUUCCUCUUUCUUCUGCACCACAAGCCCAGACAAUGGUGUAAAUGAAUUUAGAUUUUGUAAAAUUUGUGUCUGAUGUAGUGACUUUAUUCCUCGCUCAUCCGUUUCGAAUAAUUAUAUAGUAAAAUUAGAAAAAUAUUCUGUGAAGUCAUUGUCCGUUGUACAUACACUGAAGUUCUAUGUUAAAGCAACUGUAUCCUUGAGGAAAUCUAGACAGUUAUUUGUGUCAUAUGUGUCUUUUAAAAAAGAUACAAGUAGUACCAUAGCCAGAUGGUUGAAAACAGUACUUAGUUUAUCUGGUGUCAAUGUUCAACUUUUCAAUGCUCACUCUUUUACACUUAGAGACCAUUCAUAAAACAGAACUGGCAGUCCAAAUUGCAUAAGCGUAUGACAAAGGUUCCAAAAACAGAAAACAGGCAUGGAAAGACAUUACUAAUCAAGGUGAUUUUGCCCA